AUGCGCGCUUUAAUAUUCUUCGCUUUGAUUGUUGGCGUCCUAUUGUCUCUGGUCUAUGCCGAGGACCAACAGGAGCAGCUAGUGCGUACUAAACGCCAGUUCUUUGGUCCUGGAUUUGGAGGCUAUGGUGGAUAUGGAGGCUAUGGAGGCUUUGGAAGACCCUAUGGUUUUGGACCCGGCUACGGCGGCUAUGGUCAUCGUCAUCAUGGCUUUGGUGGCUUUGGAGGAUACGGCGGAUACCCCAGAUACGGCGGUUUUGGCGGUUUCGGAUACCCCGGCGGUUUCUAUGGUUAA